GGCGGCGCCGUUCCGUUGUUCGCCAUAGUUCCACCGGAGCGCGGAGCACCGAGCGCACAAACCGCGAAGGCACCUGGGAUCACCGCCGCAUUUAACGGACAGACAUGGCUGAAGAUGAGGUGACUCCGGAGCAGCUAGCAGCCAUCGCCGCCGAAAACGAGGAGCCAGAGCCGGUGAACUACAAGCCGCCGGCCCAGAAGUCUGUGAAAGAGAUCCACGAGCUGGACAAGGACGACGAAAGCCUACGCAAAUACAAGGAAGCCCUGCUCGGAGCUGGAAACCACGAGGCUGCCGCAGACCCCGGCGCUCCCAACGUCCAGCUGACCCGCAUGUCUCUUGUCUGUGAUGCCCCGAACCCUCUGGUCCUGGACCUGACGGGAGACCUGGAAGCAUUUAAGAAGCAGGCAUUUGUCCUGAAGGAGGGAGUCGAAUACAAAAUAAAGAUCAGCUUUAAGGUGAACAACGAGAUCGUUUCGGGUCUGAAGUACGUGCAGCAGACGUACAGGAAAGGAAUGAAGAUCGACAAGUCAGACUACAUGGUGGGCAGCUACGGGCCCCGUCCGGCCGAGUACGACUUCCUGACCACGAUGGAGGAAGCUCCCAAAGGCGUCCUGGCCCGCGGCAACUACGUCAUCAAAUCCAAGUUUACCGACGACGACAAGAACGACCACCUGUCCUGGGAGUGGAACCUCAACAUCAAGAAAGACUGGACAGAUUAAAAGAGGCCUUUGUGUUGAAGGGGGUUGUGGGGGCGGGGGAGGGCGAGAGGAAGGAGAACCCCUCGGCCCCCCCCUCCCCUCCUCCCGUCCCCGCCCUGCGUCCACCAUCGCAGCCUUGUUUGUUUUUACUUUGUCGUGCAUUUCAUGUUCAUGUCGUACAUUUCAUGCCUUCAUUCCUGCCUCGCUGUCUUAACUCCCCGACUUCCUCCCUUCCCCCUUCCUCCCCCCUC